UAAGCGUCCACAUCAAGAUAAAUCUAGCCUCUCAGUUCCUAACUAGUACUCAAGCUAGACCAGUAAUUAACAACCAAGUUUUAUUUAGAGUAGGGAUUGGAAUUAAUUCUAAUGCUAUUGCUAUCAGUCAUCUAAACCGACAUAUUAAAUAUCAUUAUCAUUUGAUUCAGGAACCAAUAACGGAGUUUAGUACUAACUUCAGCAAGUCGCCCAACAAUUUUUCAUAUUCAAACCUCCCAUCUAAUAACCGAACAUAUUCGGUUAAAUCUUUUGUGAGAGUUUAUCAGCUAAAUUCUAAUGAGAAUCAAGUCUAUCCCAUCAAGAGAAUUGUCGGUGGAAAGAGAUCAUGGAGCAUGAACAUACUCCGACAGAAUCAGGAUCUUCAGUUACUUACUCUUUCACGUGAACUCUAAUUCAGCUAAAUUCAUCGAAUCGCUGUGAUGCAUGAUUCGUCAUCACUUUUCAGCUUUGUUAUCGGUAAUCAGUUCAGACCUAGGUACGUUUGAAUUCCUUCAAGCAACUUAAGUUUUUGAAACUUUUAGCUCAUUACCAAACCUGGUCGGAGGAAUUUUUCUGCAGUGAUUUUUGAAUUCCAUAUGUUUUGUUAUUUUGGUUUUGCCUCUUUUGUUUCUCUGCAACAUGUUAGAUAGAUGUGUGGAACUAGAAACAAUGACAUUCAAUGAGUGAAUUAAACACAUCUUUUGUUUUAGAAUUUUUUUGAUAAUCGAACAAAUUGCUUAGUUUAGAUGCUCAUAUAUAUUUUGAAUUUCAAUUUAGAUCUUAUAAUAAAUAUAAAUAUGUAUUGGUGUCAAUAUCCUAUUUUUUUACAUUAGCAUUGUCAAUGAGUCUAUGUCGUAUCAAAUGCUCAUAUAAGUUUAUCAAUGUGUCUAUUUCAUUUUAUGUGUGGAAGAAUUGUGCUUAUUGAUUGGUGCUUUUUGUUCAUGUACUGAAAGCUUGAAAACUACUUUUGGCUGAUCUUAUUGAUGAUUUUGUUGAAUAGUUGAACCUAGACCUGGCGUUGAUUCUGAAGGAAUUGAGGUUGUUAGGGAUUAUUUUAGAUAACAAUAGCGUUCUUAAAACUAUACCACUUAAAUAUAGAUAUAUAGAUAGAGCAAAAGCCUGCAAGUGCAGAGAUCGACGAUGAUGCUGUUAGCCUAUCAUGUAAGCUAAUUAAUUUUCUUCUACCUUGUUUACAUUUCUUUUUGAAUACUUGCCUUAUUCCUUGUUUCUUUGCACUUGUAUUUGUCCAACUCCGCAUAUCAAGAACUCUUAGAAAGUGCAAAGUUUAAUUUCAAGUAUUGACUUAUCUAAUGUCUCCAAGCCAUGUUCGUAGCAUCACACAAGUGAGCUUGUAAACCAUUGAAUAUUCAAACUGUGACCUAAAGUAGAACUGGCACCCUCUGGCUGGAGUAGUAGAAUAUCAAAUUAGUGUUUGUAGUAUCGCACAGCUGUUUAUGGCAUCAAUCAUGUUUGUAGUGAGUGGAACUGUGUAUGGAGGAUUGGAGAAUCUAUUUAGUUAUAGUAUGAAGCCAAGAGCUGGCAAUGACAAGAUUCCUCCGGUCUCUCGCCAUUAUUGUGUGCCUCUACAAUGCUAUCAUCUUGAUCUCAUUAAUUUCACCGAGUUUCAAUUUCCUGGCAGCUGAGGCUCAUAGCAAAUUAAAGAAUGGGAUUUGAAGUUGUAGUUAAUGGCGGACCUGCAGUUUGUAUAUCACCUAUUGGUCCUAAGCAUUUCAUUGUUCAGAUCACAAUCUAGUUGUGUCACUACUCCUAGGUCGAUCUUAACUUCUAGGACAUAAUCAGUAACUAUGGAUGCUAUAAAAAGAUGAGCUGCUAAGAUGGAACAAAAUCAUCAAGUGUAUAUUUGCACAUUUUUCACUUUUGGACACAUAACAUCACAAUAUAUGUGUCAAAAGGUAAUCAAUCAACCCUCUUUUUUUAACUCUGUGAUUUCCAUUGUUUGAUAAAAACAGAGAUUUUUAACCACCAUGGAAAUGAAAUGGGUUAUUUGUUUGGAUUGAUAAUGGGUUCUCUGUUGGUGAUUGUGACAGCAUGAAAGAUCAACUAAAGAAGUACUUUUAGAUUCUGUGUUUGAUAAAUAUGGCUAAUAUCACUGCAGUUAAGACCCUAUUAUUGACAAAUUCAGCAUCAAAGUCUUAGGUUUACUCAAAUACUUUCUAGUUUUUGAAGUAGCUAGAUCAAGAGAUGGUAUAGCUCUAUGCCAGAGAAAGUACACCUUAGACGUACUAGAAGAUGCAGGUUUACUUGGAGCAAAAUCUUUUGCUACACCUAUGCAGCCACACUUACAACUUCAUAAGACAUAUGGAACACAUUUAUCGAACCCUACAGCUUACAGAAGACUUAUUAGAAGGCUACUAUACUUAAAAUAUUGACAAAAACAGGAAUAAAGUUAGAUGAACAUAUAUAUAGAAGUGUUAAAUAUAGAGCUACAGCAGUUGAAAAAUACUAUUAUAAAAUCAGUGCUAAAGCAACUAAAGAUUCAUUUCACUGCUCAAAAUAAAAAACUGGCUCUAGAGUUUCUGAGGCAAAGCAUUUUCUAACAACAUAAAGAUAAUCAAAUGACAUAUUAUGAAAGCAAACUAAAUCACUUAUAAUCUGAUGCAUCAUGCAUGUUUCCCACAUCUUCCACUGCCAUAUGCUGUUGCAGAAGCAAAUCUAGUUCCUUAUUUUGUUCCUCCAAAAUCUCACCAUUUCUCUUUAACAUCCUAUACACUUCCAUCUUUUUGUCGCCAACACAGGUAAGGCCAUUUUCAAGGGCACUCUCAAGGUCCAUAAGCUCUUUGAACUUCAAUGAGAGAACUUUAACUCUUGUUCAAAUUAAUUUCAUCUUCAAGGAGUGAAAGUGAAAAUGUACAAGACUCAGCUGCAGCAGCUAUGUCAACGGCAAAGAUGGAGUUUGCCUGAGUACAGUCACAUGAAUGAAGGUCUACAACAUAAGCCAAGCUAUAAGGCAUCUGUUGUUGUCAAUGGAGUUACCUUUACUUCUUCUGAUACCUUCAAUUCCUCCAAAGAAGCUCAGAACCAAGCUGCUAUGAAAGCUUUCUACAACUUUUCUUCUCCCCCUCCAUCAGAUACAGAUCGUUUGAGCAAAAACCAUCUGAACAACUAUGCUCGAAAGAACAAUCUUGAUCCACCUGUUUAUAAAACUAUAGCUGAGGGGCUACCUCAUGACAUUCACUAUAAGGCUACUGUUUUUAUUGAUGGAAAGUCAUUUGAAAGCCCAACAUUUUUCAACACGAUAAGAGACGCAGAGCAGGCUGCUGCAAAAAUUGCUUUGAAGGAAUUGCCAAUUUCAGUUGACGUGUUUCAGAAGGAUGAAUCUUGUCCAUCAAAGAGUUUACUACUAGAAUUGACACAGAGAGAAGGUUUUUGCAAACCAACAUAUAAAACUACAGAGUCUGGUUCUUCUCAUUUGUUUUUCUCAACUGUGGAAGUAGAGGGCUUGGAAUUUCAUGGAAAGGCAUCCAGAUCCAAAAAACUGGCAGAGAAUGAUGCUGCAAAGAUUUCUUACAUCGCCUUAAAAGAGUGUGGACUUGAUAUGUAUGCUUCUUUUUGUUCCUCUUUCGAAGAAAAUCAAGAGCUACAAUCAACCGAUAAAUCAGACAUUGUUAAACCCAAGCAGAACCUCAGCUUUGAAGAUGAACUUUUGGAUAAGGAGAUAUUACCUACUGAUGUCAAAAUUAACAAUGGCAUACACAAUGAAUCUUUUCCACUUCGUCCUAAGAAAAAAUUUAAGCCGAGAAACAUGAGCUCUUCAUCUUCAUCUACUGACCUUCCUUCUGUAUCGGUUUCUGAGUUGAACAAGGCAACAAGUAGUUACCUGAUUUUUAACAGGUUGAAAAUAACGGUUCUGCCAGAUACUGUAUUCCCAGAUGGGAAUAACGGUUCUGCCAAUUGGUGACUAUAAAUGGGUUGCAGCGAGUCUGGAAUUUCCAAAUGACGAUAAAGACUUUUGAUUCUUAUGAAAGUUUCAUUUCAUAUAUGACUUUUGUUUUCAGGUAUUAGAAACAAUGUUAAAUAUAAGAUGCUAACUUGACUUCAAUGUAAGACUUUUGAUGGCUUAUUUAGAUGUUGUGCAUGUUUGAAUUCAAUUUCGGGAGGGACAAAAACGGUUGCCAAUGUGUUACCAUUGUUGCUAGCAAGAAUAAUAGCCAGUGUGAAUUGUGAAA